GGGCCUCACCAGACUAACGAAACCGGCCCAAAAGAAGAAAAAUACCAAUCUUACAACGUCUCCGUAUAAUAAAACCCUAAACUGGCGAAGGUAAGCCCCUAAAGGGUUUUACAAGUUUAAUUCCCAGAGAGAGUCAGCGAGACACAGAGAGAGAGAGAUAGAGCGCAGCUAUGCCGAAAUCAAAGCGUAACAAAGCAGUGACACUGUCCAAGACCAAAAAGAAAGGGAGAGAGCAUAAAGAGACCAUAGUCAACUCAAUAAGAGAGUCUGUUGAAAAAUAUAACUCUGUCUAUGUUUUCAAUUUUGAGAAUAUGAGAAAUCUCAAGUUUAAGGAGUUUAGAGACCAACUUAGAUCUACUAGCAGAUUUUUUCUGGGAUCGAACAAGGUGAUGCAGGUGUCCCUAGGACGAUCUGUGGCUGAUGAGAUAAGGACUGGACUUCACAAGGUUUCUAAGCUUCUUCGAGGUGAUUCUGGUCUUUGCUGUACUAAUUUGCCCAAAGAAGAGGUGGAAAAAAUAUUCAGCGAGUACGAAGAUUAUGAUUUUGCAAGGACUGGUAGCAUUGCAACAGAAACGGUUGACCUCAAGGAAGGUCCUCUUGACCAAUUCACUCACGAGAUGGAACCCUUUCUACGAAAGCAAGGGAUGCCUGUUAGGUUAAACAAAGGUGUGGUGGAACUGGUUUCAGAUUUUGUUGUCUGUGAAGAGGGAAAGCCAAUAUCACCCGAGGCAUCUCGGAUUCUGCGUCUUCUGGGCAUCAAGAUGGCUACCUUCAAGCUUCAUCUAAUUUGCAGGUGGAGCCCUGAGGAUUUUGAAGUUUACAAAGAAGGUUUGGAGGGUUCAGAUAUUGAAUCCUCAUAGAUUCUUUUGCAACCCAUAACAAGUGAUAUAUGUUUCUGUGCCAUGAAUUAUUAUGAUAUUAGUCAGGUGCCAAAAUCAAUCUGUAAAAGUUGGUUUGUGAAAAGAUGAUGUUCCGAGAUUUGUGGGCAUGUAUUUUUUGUUUCAGAUAUAUCUGUCCGGAAAUUAAUUGUAGUUUAUUUGGAGAGAAAUAUUUUCAUCAGCUUAUACCCCUUCAAAUUGUUGUACCUUUUCAGUGAUACUAUUCCUAUAUUGAAGUUACAAUACUGCCAAAAUUUUGAGUUUGUUUA